UACGGGACAGAUGCCAACUCAGGAUCAGCUAUUCCUAAAGACCCACAUAAAAAAAAAGAAGCAGGAGUCGGAUCCGACCUUAUGGGUUGAGGACAGGGCUCGUAAUUCCUAUACGCAAUAUAUGGAUCAUGUGGACCAGUACAGCCAAACUCAGCCUGAGCAUCCGAGCCGUCCUCUACCGGAAUUAGAGAUAGAUUUUUGGUGUAGAGCAGUUGGGGGAGUACAAAAGGGUAGAGCGUACGGUCUAGGCCCAAGGAACAACUUAAGUCACCUUCGGUCAGGAUUGCGAGGUGAAGGGUCUUCUCGACAAGCCAAGGGAGUUGAUGGUGUUCAGGUCGCAGCUAUGGCGCAACAAAUUGCUGAACUUAAUAGGAAAUUAGCUGAGACUGAGGCAAAAAGAGUUGAGGAAAGUAACACCAUGAAAGCGAACAUUGAAUUGCUAAUGGCACAAAUACCAAGCUAA